CUUCCUUUAAACGUAACUUUACUUCCUAUCCACGUGCUGCAUGUGUAGAGAGACACCGCUGCUGUGUUUUAAUUUUAUUCACUGGUUUAAACAUCGCCUAUAGUUCAAUAUGAGUCCGAAGACCUCCAAAAAAAACAAGAAAAAGAAGCCGAGCUUCAGGAAACUGUUGAAAACCAGUAACCUGAAGCUCGAGAACAAACUGAAGAAUCGUCAGUUUAAGCAACAGAGCAGCGCAAAGAAACAUCGCAAAGAGCAGAGGAAACUACGUCAGGCCAUUACAGAUGUUUCCCAUCAGACUCUCAAACCUCUGGAGCGUUAUAAGAAGAGACCGGAGGAAGAAGAUGAGGAAGAGUUCCUGGAGGCUCUGCCCAUCGACAUGAUGGAAGACGAUGACCUGGAGCAGAUGAAAGCCAUGGCACAGAAAGCGUCCUUUAUCACUCGCGACCUCUCCUCAUGCACACCAGCACAUGCCAAGAAACGUAAAUCGGAGCAGCUGGUGGAGAAAUAUGAGAAGAUGCCCAGGAAGAUGCAGCAGGAGGAAGAGAAGGAGCUCAUUCAUCUUCUGCCCAUUAAAGAUAAGAGCGGCCUGAUCCCUCAGAGCAUGGAGAAACCUGCGCUACAGAAGCCAGAGGAAGAGCAGGAACCGGAGGAGAUGGAGGAACCAGAGGAAGAGGAGCCAGAGAGCGGCCCGACAUUAAGCCCUCAGGAACAACUGGAGCUGCGUCUGCAAAAACUGAAAGAGAAGAAACUGCACAUAGCAGGUCUGGCAUCAGCUAUACUGGCCGAUCCUCACGUUAAUAUCAAGAAGCUGAAGGAGUUGAGGGCCAUGCUGAUGGAGACGGACCCCAGCAUCGCCGUCACCGUCCGGAAGUUAGUCAUGGUUUCCCUCAUGGAAAUAUUUAAAGAUAUCGUUCCAUCGUAUCGGAUCCGACCCCUGACCGAAGCUGAGAAAGCCACAAAGGUGAAGAAAGACACACAGCUGUUACGGGAGUUUGAGGAAGGUCUGGUCAGUCAAUAUAAAUUCUAUCUAGAGGAUUUGGAGCAGACGGUGCGAGACUGGAAACAGAAGAAACUGAAGAGCAGUCAGGCUAUCUCUCUGCACUGUUAUAAAGGUCUGGCUGAAGUGGCCAUCAAGUGCAUCUGUGAACUUCUGGUUGCUCUCCCUCACUUCAACUUUCACAACAAUAUUCUUGUCAUGAUCGUUCCUCUGAUGAUUGAGCCUCUCAGAAAGGUAUCAGAGAUGUGUUGUGAAGCAGUCAGGAAUCUGUUGAGGCUGGAUAAAGUGGGUCAGGUGUCACUGGCAGCGGUGAAGGUCAUCUCCGGUCUGGUCAAGAGCAGAAACUAUGAUGUCAAACCAGAGGUCCUGAAGGUUCUCAUGUCUCUGAGGAUUAAAGAGGUGGACCUGAAGAAAGAUUCAGAAGAUACAGCGCCCAAAAAGAACUUCAUGACCUUUAAGGACAAGAAGAAGAAUCUGUCCAGAAUGCAGCGCAAGUGGAAGAAAGCUGAAGAGAAGCUGCAGAAAGAACUUCUAGAAGCUGAAGCGUCUGAGAACAAAGACCGAAAGAUCAAACUGCACACGGAGACAUUGAACAUGGUGUUUCUCAUCUACUUCAGGAUUCUCAAGAAAGCUCAGAAGUCUAUCUUACUGCCUUCUGUUUUAGAGGGACUCGCAAAGUUUGCUCAUCUCAUCAACUUGGAGUUCUUUGAUGAUCUGCUGACAGUUCUUCAUUCUCUGGUGGUGUCAGGUGAUCUGACGUAUCGAGAGAGUCUUCACUGCAUCCUCACAUCCUUUCACAUUUUAUCCGGACAAGGUGACGUCCUCAACAUCGAUCCUUUGAAGUUCUACAGUCACUUUUAUAAAACCCUGCUGACGCUGCAUGCGGGUUGCGCGAACGAAGACACGUCGAUUGUGCUGCAGUGUCUGGAUGUAAUGUUGGCCAAGCGCAGGAAGCAGGUGACCCUUCAGAGAGCUCAGGCAUUUGUUAAGAGACUCGACACACUCGCUCUUCAUGUGCUGCCUGACUCAUGUGUGGGAAUCCUGGCAGCUAACAGGACACUGCUGCAUACUUUCCCCAAGUGUGAUAUUUUGCUGGAUAAUGAGAUGCAGGGCAGUGGGGUUUAUCUUCCAGAGCUGGAUGAACCGGAGUACUGUAAUCCUCAAAACACCUCCCUGUGGGAACUUCACCUGCUGAAGAGACAUUAUCAUCCGAUGGUGAGGAGGUUUGCAGCUCAUCUGAUGUUAGGAGCUCCUAGUGAAGGCUCCGGUGCCCUCAGCGUUGAACUAAGCAGAAGGACUCCGGUGCAGCUGUUUGAAGACUACAGUGUUAAACACAUGACAUUUAAUCCUCCUGUUGCUGGACCGCCCACCAAGAAAAAGGAACAUUUUACCAUCGGUUACACAUUUCUGGAUUGUGACUUGGAGCGACAGAUCGACGCUGCUCUUCACACAGAUGAAGACGAGAUGAGUUUAGACUUUAGCGUUCCUCAAACACAAUAAUGGCAGUGUAUGAAUGUAAAUAAGGCCUGAAAAUAAAUGAAACUGUUUUUUA